GUCAGGCGUGAUGGCAUUGCCAUUCACCUCGUCACCAUCGCUCCCCACAUCAACACCACCACAUUCAACAUCAACACCACCACAUUCAACAUCAACACCACCACAUUCAACAUCAACACCACCACAUUCAACAUCAACACCACCACAUUCAACAUCAACACCACCAGCAACACAACUAACAUUAUUACUAUCAUCACCAGCAAAGUUAACGUUACAAUCAACAUCACCACCAGAAUUAACACCAUCACAACAAAUAUCAACAUCAGUGUCAACAUCAGCUUCUUCAUCACAAGUAUUAAAGACACCCUCACGUCCGACAUUAAUAGCAUUAGAGUCAACACCACCACGAGCAUUGACAUCGUCACAACCAACCGCACCACCAUCACCAUUAAUAACACUGACGCCACCAUCGUCACCGAGUGUUGAGGGAAACACGCCGCAGAUUUCUCGCCCCUUCUCCGACCGCUGUCCCGAGGAGGCGAUGCGUGGUGGUCGUGCGUGCGGGCGCCCCGCCGGUGCUGGCUGGGUGCUACUGGGCGCUGUUGUACUGCGCGUGGCACUGCUGCUGUACGGAGAGUACCAGGACCGCACGCACCGAGUCAAGUUCACAGACGUCGACUACCGCGUCUUCACGGACGCGGCGCGCUACGUGGCGCAGGGCGAGUCUCCGUACCGGCGGGAGACCUACCGCUACACGCCACUGCUGGCCUGGUUGCUGCUGCCCAACGCGCUGCUGGCGGAGUCCUUCGGCAAGCUCCUGUUCGCCGCGUGCGACGUGGCCGCGGGGUGGCUGGCGCUCGGCAUGCUGCCCGCCGGCGUGUCGCGGUCGGGCCUGGCCGCCGCCGCCGCCUGCUGGCUGCUGAAUCCCAUUCCGGCCGCCGUGUCGUGCCGCGGCAACGCAGAGUCCGUGCUGGCGCUGCUCGUGCUGGCCACGCUGCGGAGCCUGCGCCGGGGCCACGUGGCCACGGCGGGCCUCCUUCACGGCGUGGCGGCGCACGCCAAAAUCUACCCCGUCAUCUACACGCUGCCCAUCGUGCUCAACCUCGCCUCGGCCUCCGAGUUCGCACGGGGCCGGCGCGAGCGGCGGCAGUCGCCGCCGCCGGGGCCGGGAAAGCGGCUCGUGCGCAACACCGUGCUGGCGGUGGAGGCGGCGCUGCGGAGCAAGGACGUCUGGACGUUCGUGCUGACAUCGGCUUCUGUGUUUGCGGCGAUGAGCGCGUUUUUCUUCUACGUUUACGGCUGGGAGUUCGUGGAGCAGACGUACCUGUACCACGUGACACGGCGAGACACGCGCCACAACUUCUCCCCGUACUUCUACGCGCUGUACCUGGCCGGCGAGUCGGGCCGCGCGGGCGCCAUGGGGCUGGCUGCGUUCGCGCCGCAGGCGGCGGUGCUGGCGGCCGCCAGUCUCCGCUACGCAGGCGACCUCCCCUUCUGCUGCUUCGUGGUCACGGUCGCCUUCGUGGCCUUCAACAAGGUGUGCACAUCGCAGUACUUCCUGUGGUACCUGUGCCUGCUGCCCCCUGUGCUGCCCUCGCUGGCGCUGCCCUGGCGGAGGGGGCUGGCGUUACUCGCUGCGUGGCUUGCCGGGCAGGCCCUGUGGCUACUGCCCGCGUAUCUGCUCGAGUUCGAGGGGUGGAACGUGUUCCUCUCCAUCUGGGCGGCCGGGCUGCUCUUCCUCGUCAUCAACUGCGUCGUCCUGCAGCAGAUCAUCGUGCACUACCGCCCGCCGCGCCCGGCGCACAACCUCAAGAACAGCUGA